AUGACUGCAAACAACGUCUCUCCUGUCCGUUCCACAGGCGGAUCAUCCGUCGGCGUCCUGGUGCAAUUUGCUGCUCUUUUCACAAGUAGCUGUGUGCUUCCAAUCGCGUUGUACUGGCUUCUCAAGUAUGUUGCGCAUCUGAGCGAUGGAACCGUUGUCGCCAUUCCCCUCGCUAUUUUCGGCGUCGUCAGCGUCCUCGGAUUGGCAAAACGUACAUGGGACCUUGUCCGACCUCAGUCGGACUGUCGUCCUCUCGGCGGAACACGUUGGCAGCUGGACUACUUCGACUGGAACUUCAUCUCGGGAUUUACCGUCGUAACCAUUAUCAUCAUCAUCGGAAAUAUCCUGAAACCGAAGAGCCGCGGCGUUCGAAUUUGUUCGCUCCCAUUGUCGUUGCUCUUCUUUCAAGUGUGCACACAGCUCGUUGUGGUCAAUUUCAUGGUCAUCUCCGGAGUCCGAUACCCCUGGCGCAUAUCUUCCAUGCCCCAGGGGACGCCCGUCCGCCCGGCGCUCUACACGAUUGUAGAAGAUGUCGUGGCGAUUGAGGGCGGCAGGAGAGAGCGAUUUCGGGCGUCAUUGGAUCACCGGUACAUGGUACACGCACCCACACGAAAGCUGCUGCUGGACCUCAGUUGGAUCUGGGGUAUCGGCGGAUUGGUCGUUGCUGUGGUAUUGACUGCUCUCGCAUUCGCUCUCGCGGACGUGGAUCUGGCAUUCACCCUAGGCUGGUCGGUCCCUUGGGCUUUUGUCGCGGUCGCUGGUCUGAUCACGAGGUCCAUGAUGAAAGCAACUUACCGGAAAGGCGGGUUCACUGAGGUGAACACGGAUGAGGAAGUCCAGUUAGCGAGUGCGUAG